GUUCCUGCUCGCCGCCCGCUGUGCGUGCACUACCAGCCGAACUCGCCCGGUGGGCGGAUUGCGGUGCAGAACAGUAACGAGGGGUCAUGGGAGCAGUGGCGGUUGGUGGCAGAGGUAGUGAGGGGUGCAGAGGAUGAGGAAGGGGAAGGGGAGAGAGAGGAAGAAGGGGAGGAAGGGGAGGAGGAGGAGAGGGAGGCGGGGGAGAGGGGGGAGAGGGGUGGAGCUGGUGAUGAGGAGGAAGAGGAGGCUGGGAAAGAGGAGGUGGUGGGGGCAGCUGGGGAAACUACAGGUGCUAGUGGUGGGAGAGGGGGUGGGGGUGGGGUGAGGGAGAAAUCUGCGACGAGAGGUGGAAGGCGUGGGAGGGGCAGCAGAGGGGAUAAGCGGAAGUGGGUGAUUCGUAUGCAGAACCGCAAGACAGGGUCUGAUUUUGCGUUUGUGCGAGGGCUUCCUGUGCUGCUGCCGGGUGGGCAGGGCCACGCGGUGCAGAUGAGGGUGCUUGUAACGAGGGGCGAGCUUGAGAAGGCGCGGGGAGAAGUCCUGGAGAGAAGGCGAGAAGGUCAAGAAGUUGCAGGUGUAGAGGUUAGGCAGGAGGAGGAGGAGGAGGAGGAGCAGCAGCAGCAGCAGCAGCAGCAGCAGCAGCAGCAGCAGCAGCAGCAGCAGCAGGGUUCGUUGCAAUCGUUGGGUCUACACAAGCAUUUAACGUACAUCCCAUCUCUUCGCGUCUCUCUGGGAUCGCACAAGACUCGCCUGUUCGGGGCCUGCCGCGUCCAAGUGACCACUUACGAUGGCCAGAGGAGCCGAUGGGCUAGUCUUCUCACGUCAAGCCCAGUGGACAUCUUCUGGCGCUCCCGUACACUCUGUACCCCUUAUAAGCCUGGGACGCUGGCGCUGGUGAGGGUGCAGCAGGUGCGGGUGGUGGUGGAGGAGGAGUCGCUGGACGCGCUGCUGCUGCUGGUGGGGCUGCUGGGACUCGCAGGGCCGUAUACGGUCCGCCACUCACCGAUUCUCGCCAACCGGUGCAUGGUGACCAACAACACGACUCUCCGCCUUGCCUGUUCCUUCUUCAACCACGCCUCUGAUAGCUCUCCUGCUGCUGCUGGGAGUUCGCUUGCUGAUAUUGGCCGCUCGGCGGUGAUACCCAAGCAGGGAGUGGAAGAACCAGCGGCAGCAGCAUGGGGAAGCGGAGGAGGAAGGGGCGCAUCUGAGGCAGUGAUUGGGUGCAGAGGCACAGGGACGUUUCUUGUGCGGCACUUCCUGUCCCGCAGGAACCUCUCCAACGCCCGCGAGUCGUCUCUUGCUUUCCUGCGCCUCUUGCCACCACCACUUCCAAAGGCGCAGCACCGCACCAAACAGCACCAAACAGAGCACCACCGAUCAGAGCCGGAGCAAGCAGAGCAGCAACGGAAGCAGCAGCAAAAGGGGAAGCAGCAGGAGGGACAGCGGCAGAAGGGGAAGCAGGAGGUGGGGAAGCAGCAGGAGCAGCAGGAGGCAGCAGCAGCAGAGCAGGAAUGGGUGCUGCCUCUUUCCAUCUCCAUCGCCACAGAGGGCUCUCUGGCUGUCCGCACACGCCUGCUCCAAGGAUCGGGUCAAACAACGGCCCCUUCCAUGCCAGGCCCAAUGGUGGUGCUGCACGUGUCCAAGAGAACACCCGAGGGCGUACGUCUCUCCAUCUCCCCCUUCCUCUCUGUCCGCAACAACACUGGUUGCCCCUUGCAAGUCUGCCUGCGCCGCCGCCCUGCUCCCUUCAGACGAGCUUCAGCAGCUGCUGCUGGUUCUGCCGCUGGUGCUGCUGGGAUGGGGGCGGUGGGGCAGGCAGGAACGGCAGUGGCCAAGCAGGAUGAAUUGGGGUCAGUGCAGCUAGGAAGGCCAGAGCAGGUGGUGCAAGGAGGCGCUGCAGGAGAGCUGCAGGGAGUUUCAGCAGUAGCAGAGCGAGGAGGGGAGGGGGGUGCACAUCAGAAGGGGCUAGAGGUGGUGGAGCAGUUGCAGCAAUGGCAGGCUCUGGACGAUGCUUCUCUCUGUUUUCGCUUUGCUGCUUCUGCGGGCGAGCAGCGCCGCCUUGUCAACGACCUUGCUGCUGGCAAUUAUCUGCUGUCCUUUCGGCCACCUGCUGUCACAACCAUGUCGCCCGGCCACGGAUCGCCUGCCAGAAGCACCUCGACUGUGGCUUGGACUCGCUCCCAGCAGCAACAGGCGACUCUGCAGGAAAAGCAGCAGCAGCAGCAUGAGGAGCACGAGCAGGGGCAGCAGCUGUGCUUUGAUUGGUCGGAGGCGAUCUCGGGAUCUCAGGCAGUGAGAGACAAGAGCUGGCUGGACGGCAUACAGCGGCAGAUGAAGACAAAAAUGGGCCGCAUGCUACAGCUCAGCCAGAUGCUACAUCUGAGCGGCGCGCUCAAUUCGUCCUUUUCCACCCUCACUUGCCGCCCAAAAAGGUCUUCUGCUCCCUCCACCGUUUACAGCAACACUGCCGGGUCUGGUGGUUCGGAAGCUCCCAAGCCUGACGGCCAGGCUCGGGAAAGGGCUGGUCUAGAAGGGUCAGGAGAUGACACAGGUUCUGAAGUCGGGGCCGAGAUUCGGCAUUUUCUGGUGAAGGUGGGGACUGAGGAGGUUCAUCUGGGGGCGUUGAGGGACGGGCAAGUGGUGAGUGACAUGCAAGGGGGAGGGAGGAGAGGGGAGGUGGGGGGGAGUGAGCGGGAGGGGGGGGGAGGGGAGGGGGGUGGCAUGGCGAGCAGCAUGUGGAGCAGCGCCCCUGUCCACGUGCCCUGUGCUGGUAACCUGAUGGCGCUGCUGGCCCGUGACGUGCUGCCACCUGUCAAGGGCGCAGUUGCUCUUGCCCACCUGGGGGGAUUGCCGUCGUCUGGUGGGAACGAGGUUCAGGUGAAACUGCACCAGGUGAAUUCUGAAGAGAGGCAGGAGCAGCAGCAGGUGAAUCCUCAGCAGCAGCAGCAGCAGCAGCAGCAGCAGGCACAGCAGCGGGGUGUCUCAUUCAGAGGCAGUGUUUGUGAGAUGGCAGUGCAGCUGCGGACUCGAUACAGCGAGAGGGAUGCUGUGCCUGAGUUUCAGAUCUUCCCUGCAUGGACCAUCCGCAAUGCCACUGCCACGCCAUUGCUCUGCUCCCUGGCUGGAAACCCAUUGGAAUCAUCCUGGGUGCAAGAUGGCAGGGGGAAGAGAGGAGGCCGAGCGCAGCAGCAGUCACAGACCUCUUCACCGCACUCCACCGCGUCACUUCUUCUGAACCCCAGCACUGCCAAGCCGUGGCUUGCUGUAGGCACGUCUGUCUGCAUUUCCAUCGCACAGGCACAGGAGGAUACAAGCCAAGGGGGGUUUGCGAGAGGCAGCAACAGGGAGAGGGGAAGCAGCAGUGUUGCGAGAAGAGGGGCCACCAUUGAUCUCUCUUCCAUCUGCCGUACCACAGAGAUACAGCUGGUGCAGUAUGUACCCGUUUUAAAGGGCAGGGAGGCCACUGUAAGAGAACAGGAGAUGUCCAUAAGGGGUACAAGAAGAAGAGGUCAGGAGCAGCAGAGGGCAAAGGAGAGGCGGCGGCUAGAGACUGUGAUGGAAGGUGGGGAGGAAGGGGAGCAAGGGGAGGAAGGGGAAGAAGGGGAAGAAAGGGAAGGAGGGGAUGUGGAGGGUGGUGUCCCUGCUGCUGCUGCUGAGGCAGCGUGUGAUUGGCCGCUGCGCUGCUUCCAGUUUGCUGUGCGCCUGCGCCUGUCAACGAGUGGCAGUCCGACUCGUGUGGCUGAGAUCUGUCCAAGAUACGUCGUGCGCAACCGCUUCCCCGUGCCUCUGCUCGUGUGCCAGGAAGGACUAGAGUACUUCCCUGAGCUCUGGACCACCAUACAGCCAGGCGCAUCUGCACCCAUCCACGCCCAAUCACCAUCACACAUCUGGUCCUCUCGCUCCUCCCUCGCCCUCUCCUUCUCCCCCUCCUCCCCCUACUCUCCCCACUCUCCUCCAAAUCCUUCCUCCCACGAUUCUGUGCUGGAAGAGGGCGGCAUCAUUCGUCCUUUCCUGCGCUUCCGCCCGCUGGAUUUUUCCGAUUCGUUCUCGCCUGCUCCAUCUCCUCGAGGCCAGUCACAGUCUGCCACGUGGCACUGGUCCGGGCCAUUCGGGGCGGCGUCUCUCGGCUCGUUCUGCCUCAAGAUGCGCUCUCACAGCAACAGCGGCAACACUGACAAUUCCAGCCACCCACUAGGAGGAACCUUCCCCGAAGCACCUCCAUCCCCAUCCCCAUCGUCCCCAUCAUCACAAUCACCAUCACCAGCAGCAGCAGCAGCAGCAGCAUCUCUCCAGCGCCAGCUGUCGAUGUCGGUUGUAGCGGCAGGUGGCGUGCGCGUGCUACAGCCGGUGCUCUUCGCCGUUGCUGACGUGGCAGAAGGAGCACCUAGUCUGAAGUUGAGCACAUUAGCAGAGCAAGCAGCGGAUCCGGGAGGAAUGGGAAUGGGGCCUAGCGAUGGUUCAGGUGCUGAUGCAGCAGGGAAGAAUGAACCCUCGGUGGCAACAUCACCAGCAGCACCAGCAGCAGAGGCGGCAGUGGGCGGCACGUGGGUGGCGGAGAUUCGUCCAGUGGACGGCAUGAGGGAGGCGCCGUACCGCAUUGAGAACGCUCUCCUGGGAUUGGCCGUCUCUGUUUCACAGAAGGGUUCUGAGGGGUGGGAGGUGGUGGAAGCAGGUGAAUCGGUUCCCUUUACCUGGGAAGACUGGCGCUUACCCAAGAGACUGCUUCUCACUGCUACAGGUUGCACGCCACAGCAGGAGGUGAGUGCUGACAAGGUCAAGCCGUGGCGCCGCCUGCGCCUCUCCCACUCCGCCUUCCCCUCCCUGCUACCGUUCCACCUGCCCUUCCACCUGAGCCAGUGGAAAGGGACUGAGGAUGAGGGGGCGCAGGAGGAAGAGGAGGAGGAUUUUGAUGACGAUGCUUACAAGUAUGAGGACGAGGAGGAGGGGCAAGAGGAGGGAGAAGGUGCUGGGGAGGACGCAACUGAGGAAGGUGGAAUCGUCGAUGGAAGCAGGGGCAGCAGCAGAGGCAGGGCCAAGGGUAGAGGCAGCACGAGUUCUUUGGCAAGACAGCAAGCGGCAAGGCAGCAGGCGGCAAGGCAGCAGGUGGUGGGAGUGGAGGUGUAUGCAGAUGGGCCGAUCCGUGUGGUGCGUGUGUGCACGAGGGAGGGUGCCAAGGACCGGGAGGGCUCGGGCAGAAAGGGUGGUGCUGGGGAUGCUGGUGUGAGCAGUGGUGCUACAACCGGGAGUGCGGCGGUUUUGACUGGUGGUGGGACGGAAGGGGGCGGCAUGGGGACAGUGCAUGUGAGGGAGAUGGAAGGCAUGUUGGAGGUAGAAGGAGUUGACAUCAAGCUGCUGCAGUCUGGGGCCUCCUUCGAUCCGAGUGCAAAGGAGGAGGCAACACCCACAGGGAGGGUUCGAGAGAGGAGAGAAGGGAAGGAGCCCGAGGGCGAGGAAGAGAGAGGGGACGAGGAAGAGGAAGAGGAGAGGGAGGAGGAGGAGAGGGAGGAGGAAGAGAGGGAGGAAGAAAUGGCUCGACGGGUGUUGCUUCAUGGGCGGGCAGACGGACUGUGGGCAUCCUUGUCUCUUUCUCAAAGAGACCUGGCUUUUGAGGCUGUGCUAUGUAAUGCGGGUAUCGACUCUCGCUGCCCGUCCCUCAAGCCCCCACCGCUCCCCAUCUCUCUCAACCAGCCCUCCACCGCACAGCACCCCAUCCUCUCCUCCGCCGUGGUUCUCCGCUCCCUUAACCCAUCCCCCUCCACGGAUGCUGCUGCUGCUGGCGGCACCAUCAUAGGACGGGCGUUGAGGGACCGACGGGUGGGGAAGGAAGGCGUGGGAGGGGCAGGAGGGAUGGGAGGAGGAGGUGGAGGAGGGGGAGGAGGGCGAGGAUGGGGAGGAGGAAGGGAAGGAGGAGGAGGGGCUCCGUUGUGUUCGAUGGCAGUGGUGGUGAAUCGGCUUUCUUCCCAGCCGCAGCACAUCCGCUCUGCAUCCUUCCUGCUGCAGCCAGUGGAGGUGAACAUAGAUGAGAGCACGCUGCUGCGCCUCGUGCCCUUUUACCGCUGCAAGGAUCCCAGCGUGCCCGUGCGCGACUGGAGCACCACGCCCAUCUAUAUCGAAUACCUCGAGAUUCACCCUGUCAAGGUGGUGGCGAGUUUCCUUCCCAGCGCACCAGGUGCCAUAGACUACUCAUCAGCACAGGAGGCGCUGAGGGGGAUUCUGCACUCCGUGAUCCAAGUGCCAGCAGUGCAGCGCACACCCAUCCACCUGCACGGGCUGCUGCUGACGCAUGCUCUCACAUCCUCGAAGCAGAUGGUUGCUAAACUCACAAGGCACUACUCGUGGUACGCCCUAAGAGCAGUGUACAUAGCGCGGGGCCUGCCGCUGCUCCCACAACCCUUCACGGCUCUGUUUGAUGACUCUGCCUCGUCGGCUCUGGAUGCUUUCUUCGACCCCUCGCAGGGGCACAUCGCCCUCGCCACCGCCACCACCAGAGGAAUAUUCGAUAUUCUCCGCAAGGUGGUGAGGAGGCGAGAUGCCGGCGGUGGUGGCAGCGCGUUUGGCAUCUCACCUACGCUUUUUCUUGGAGACGUGGAAUCCACAGUGCGCGAGGCGGGCACCGGAGUGGUGCACGCAAUGGUAUCAGAGCUCUCAGAUUCCAUGAUGAGAGGGGUGGAGAGCGGUGGCUUGCCGGGGCUGGCCAAGGGCUUUCAUGGUGCCAUCCUCCGCAUCGCCAUGGAGCCAGACACCAUGCUCGCUCCGCUCGUGCACCCCUUCACUGCUCUUUCAACAGAUUAA